AAAAUGAUUGACCUUUCAAAGCUAAAGAAUCCAGAAUUUAAAUGAUUACUUUUUCCAUUCGCACAGUAAACUAUUCAGUGCUAAACUGCAGUUCACACAUUUGAGACCACACUGCAUUAAAAAAAAACAAGCAGUCAGCGUCAUACUUAUAAAUGUGUUACAGGGAACUGCCAAAAUAAACUGCCUGCUCACGUCCUACAUCGAUGUUCGUAGUGAGCUCAUGCUCGUCUGUUUUCGCCUCGCGUCUCCGACCAAUGCAGGACAUCGCAGUCGAGGGGUAUACUCCUUCAACCGCGGUUGCCCCUGGUUACCCUCAGGUUCUUUUGACAACAUCACCUAAACCGUUGUUCCCGGUGGAAACGUCAGCAUGUUCAGCAGCCUUAGACACUGAAACACCCCGCCGAAAACAAGUGCUCCCCAAAAAGGGAAUCCUGGGGGAGAAGUGGGAACACGCUGGGAUAUUUAAAUGUUUAUAUUACAUCUGGAUCCACCCACAACCUGUGCAGAAGCACCCCUGGAGUGAAGUGACCCCGGAGAUCUGGAGCUCCCCACGGAGACGUCGGCUCAAGAUAUCGCUCUCCUCCCAGCCUCGUGCAGACAGGAAGGAACACCACAGGAUUGCUGUUCCUUCCCUCCAUUUCCCAGCUCCUUCAGUGCACACAGAGGACCCCGGUGGGGAAAAAAAGAGACAAAACAGAGCAACGUCAUCACCUUUCUACCGACUACAGACUCGACUGUGCCAUCGCAACGCAAUGACAGGAGUCAUCCUGGCAGUGCUGAUCUUCAGUCUGGCACAAACAGUGCUAUUAAAAAGUGGAGCACCACCUUCAAAGGAUAGAGUGGAUAAUGACAUGCCUCAGAUCUCUGGGAACUGCAGCAGAACUGCAGCAGAGAUCAGCUGCUCCUGUGAGAGCCGUGGGAAUCCCUCUCCCAGCAUGGAGUGGCGUGUGUCUGGACUGCGGGUCACUAACUCUACUGACAGAGUCAUCAGGGAGGAGCAGCUGGGGAACACAGGCCUGAGGAGCUCCCUCACCAUGCGCCAAUCACAGGGAGACACGCCCACUCUCCUCUGCGUCAGCACCAACACUCUCGGCUCCUCCAGCCUCGAGCUCCACCUCCCGUCUCCACAGCAACACUCAGGACCAUUAUAUAUUAUAAUAGUAGGACCGAUUUGUCUGUAUGUGCUGUCUUUUGGAUUCUGUAUCCACAAAAAUAAAAGGAUGUCUAGAAGACUGAAGGUGAGUCCCACCAUCCUUUCCUCUUCUUCCUCUUCUGAAACACUUUGCAGCUCAGCCUGA